AUGGAGGGUAUCGAGCGUGCAACUGAGAAAUCCUCAUCAAAGGCAUCUAGCAGCAAGCGGGGUACCUCUAAUAAGAGAUGGAAGGCUGGAUAUGAUAGUUUAUUUAUUCCACUUCUUGUUGAACAAGUGAGAGAUCUCAAUGGUGCAAGUUGGGAUGAUGCCACGAAGACCAUCACACUUGAUCCCAUGGUUGCUUUGACCUACGUCGAGGCUCACCCGGCAGCCAAGGCUUUUAUAAACAAACCAAUUGAAAAUUAUGAAGCAUUGAGGAUUAUAUGUGGCAACAAUAUGGAGAAAUUUAAUGAAGUCACAGUAGAACAGCCAAGCGAUGAUGAUGCUGAUGCAAACUCUGCCAGAUCCAUUGUUGGUAACCCCGCCACAUCAUCUACACCAAGGUCACAACGUUCAAGUAGGGGUUCAAAGAACCCUUCUAUAAUGGGUGAUCUCAUUGUUGUGGUGGGAGAAAUGGCAUCUGCCAUUAAGAACCCCACCCAUUUGAUGGAGACCUUGUAUGCAAAGGUUAUGGAGGCUGAUGGUUUUUAUAAGAAGGAACUUAUUGAGGUGUUUGAUUAUCUGCAGCUUCAUGAGAAUAAGGCAAGAGGAUUCCUAGUGAACGAUAUGGAACUCAGGAAGGAUUGGAUUGAAAAAUUUCUAUCUAAGAUGGAUUGA